GUCGAACACUGGUGGAGUAGAAGUAGAAGUAAACAAAUGGAGGUGGCGGCGUAGCGACUCCUCAGUUUCUCGUGUCUUUUGUGUGCGUGUGUGUGUGUGUGUUCAUUCACUUUGGUAGCAAGGUGACAUUACUACAGCUUGUGAUAAGGGACGAAGCAUAUUCUAGUGAAGAUGAGCAGUGGAUUCAUAACUGAGAAGGAGGUGGCAGAACGUCGUCGUGCUCGUCAGGAGGAGUGGGAGAAGAAUAGAACUGAGGAUGACCCAGUGGAACCACCUGAAGAACCUCCCCACGAUCCCCGCUCCCUCUACGAACGGCUUCAAGAGCAGCGCCAGAAGAAAGAGGAGGAGUAUGAUGAGGCACAUAAGUUCAAAAAUAUGGUGCGUGGCCUGGAGGAUGAUGAGGUGGACUUCCUAGAAUUAGUCGACCGCUCCAAGUUGCAAGAAGAGAUCAGAGUGCGUACUGAGGAGAACACUGCCAUUGCUGAGUACAGGAAAAAGGUUUCCGAGAUGCAAAAAAACAUAGUAGAAGAAGAGAUCAGGGCUGAAAUGAAGGCAGCAGAGGCUCGAAGGACUGCAGUGCCAUCUAAGCGCCAACCAUCCCACUUGUCCCUUUUGGCUGGUGCUAUCAAGAGGAAGACGAGUGAGGAAGACCGGUCAGCCAAUACCUCUACGGCUGGUCAACCUAAGAGACAGAAGACCGGUGGGUGGGAUUCUGCAAAUGAAAGUCCAGCUGAGAGCUCCUCAGUAAAUGAAGGUCCUGCUCCAGCUAGCCAAAACCUACCAAACUCAUGUAACACACCAGUAAGCUGCCCCAACACCAAGUCCAACCUGCAGUGCAUUGCAGUGUUACCAGGUCUGGGAGUUUACACAGACUCCAGUGAUUCGGACAACAAUGUGGACUCGGACAGUGAUGAGGAUGAGGAUGUGCAGGGUCAGGUUCCACAGCAGCCCCGAGACAUCACUGGGAGGAUUGUGAAACCUAUGGCUCAGUGCAGUGGUCAGCAGGGUUGUUGAGGCAUCUUAUGAAAAGAAACUAUAAUUUAUUAAGUGUUAUGUUCCUUAUAGGAGCUUAUAAAGAGAAUACAUACUGAUGCUAAGUUCAUUCUUUGCCUGUCUUAUCUCAACAAGAUGCAAAAAAAUAUUAGGUGUUUGGUAUCUUGGAAAGUGUUGCAUAGUCCUUUGCUGUAAGUAAAUAAUAGUGAAAGAUAUUUUAUGUUCACUAAUGACAGAGCUACCUUAGCUCAGAUGUACUGCAAAGUGAUAUGUAGCUAAUGUUGUCAUGCAAAUAUUGUAACUUUUCAAGGUUUUUGUUAGAGCAUUCUUCAAAAGUAGAAAAAUUUCAUUGGCAUUGGUGAGGUAAUAGAAAGGACUGCCAUUCUUACUACCUCGGGAGGAUCUCCUGAUCCAGUCAUUGUACAUAAUGUUUUUUUUCCCCUCUUUAAGCAAAAAAGUUGUGUUACUGUAAAAUUAAUUUUCAGAUUUAACCUUCACUCAAGUUUUAAUUUAAUUUCAAUACUUUCAUGAGCAGCCAUACAUCUUUUAGUGACAAAUGUUUUGCUUCCUUAGGAUCAAUUUGGUUAUAAUCUUUGUUGAAAACUCUACAUUAUUUGUUCUUUAAGAUUCCUCAUUUUAUGCAGUGUAAAAUUUCACUUGAAUCACCCAUGAAAUUUCAUAUUUAUCUAUGUUAUGUAAUGGUCUGACCAUGUAUUGCAUAAUAUAAGUAAAACAAUAAAAAAAAUUGUGAGAAUA